AGUAUUUUACAAUAAUAACCUAUUUCUCUAUAAACGCGCGUUUCAUGUUAGCGUAUAAAAUGAGAGCCAAAUCCAAACCCUAAUUUUCUACCACACCGCCGCUCGUUAUUCACACUGUGCUGUGCUUAUUUGGCGUAGCUUAAGAGAUUAGCAAUAGAAAGUGAAAGAAAAUGAGUCGAGGAAGUGCAACUGCUGCGAAGGGCAAGAAGAAGGGUGCGACAUUCACCAUUGACUGCGCCAAGCCAGUGGAGGACAAGAUCAUGGACAUCGCGUCUCUCGAGAAGUUCCUUCAAGAGAGGAUUAAGGUUGGUGGCAAGGCCGGUGCUCUCGCCGACACCAUCACCGUCACACGUGAGAAGACCAAAAUCAUAGUUACUUCAGACAGCAACUUCUCCAAACGGUAUCUCAAGUACUUGACUAAGAAGUACUUGAAGAAGCACAAUGUGCGGGACUGGCUCAGAGUGAUUGCUUCUAACAAAGAUAGAAGCAUUUAUGAAUUGAGGUACUUCAACAUUGCUGAGAAUGAAGGAGAGGAAGAAGAUUAAUUUACCCAUUUUGAGAAACCUUCUUUACCCAUUUUCCCAGUGUUAGCUUCUCUUUUGGAUUGAGCUAUGUUGCUUUGUUUACAUUAGUUGCAAUUUAACAGUUUUGUUUAUUUAUGAGUUGCAGUGCUAUUUCUGUUGAAUUUAGAAUAGAGUUCACAUAUUAUAUUGUCAGCUUUUGCCUUUGAUACAGUGCCAUUGCAUUAUUAAACAUUUGAACGAAUUGGUAGAUCAUCUUUAGAUCCCCACCUGCAGUCCCAUGCUGUUUGUUUCUACGAUGUCUGGCACUUGAAGUAUGUUGAUUAAAUUAUCAGUUAAUUGCUAUAAGGAAGCAA